AUGCGAUACUAUAAAUUGUCCAUAGUUAUCUUUUAUUUUCUAUUCAUUCAUUCUUUCUUUCUUGUUAUUGUACAUGUAGUUUCUUUCGUUGUUUCUAUUUUAUUAUUUUACUUUUCUUUUUCUUUUUUUCACCUUUUUCAGAUUGGAAAAUUAAAAUAUUACUACCAAAACAUCAUGGAGGAGAAAAAGAAGAUCCGGAGAAGUCGUAAUGGAUGUCAUAAUUGCAAACGAUUGAAAAUCAAGUGUGAUGAAAGAAAACCAACUUGUUCAUAUUGCAUAAAAACCAACGCGCAAUGUGAUUACUCAAUUAAACUAACGUGGGGUGGACGACCCUAUAAAGUUAAGAAGAAGGAAAAACAACACAAUUUCCAAUCAGUACCAAUCCCAGCUACUUCGUCAGUAGAUUCAGUUAUCAGUAACAAAUCGAAAAAGGAAGAACCCGCAAAUGGUGGGGCACAACAACAAGGACUGAACAAUGACAUUCAGUUUAUUUUGCACGAUUUCACAACCCCCCUGGUCACAUCUCCACUUUCACCAACCGAGUCACUUAUAACUCAACCAGAACUAUUCGCAUACUCCAACAAUAGGAAAAGAAAGGCUAGUGAUUGUAAUAAUGAAAAUUUGAGGAAACGAGAUAAAUCAAUCGGUGAUGCAAUAUUCAAUACUGAGGUACAAUCGCCAUUUUUGACACCACAAAUGCCAUCAUCUUUUGUAAGUGAAGGAGACAAGUUACAUUUUCUGAAGAUAUCUGACAAGAAGACCAAUUCAGAAUCCCCAUUACAAGAAAUGAUACCGGAAAUAAAAAAUGGCAUGAAUCAAUUGACUAAUGCUUUGGCCGAUAUUGGGUUUGAACAAUUUCAAUUGGAGAAUUCCGAUAUAUUCAAUGAAUUUAUUCAGAAUCCAGAAAACUAUAAUAAAAUCGCUCAUUUAGAUAGUAAUUCAGAGAGCCUGGAAAAUUCGUUUUUGAAUAAUUAUUCUGAAGAUAUUACAAGAAUAGAAAAAUAUCUCCCACGACAAUCUACAAAUAUCUUUGGUGAUAAUACACCCAUGAGACUGCUUUCCAAUUUCUCUCGAGCACCAAAAAUACAAGAAUUAGAGUUUGAUGAUGGUGAAGAGCCCACCGAUCAAGAAUAUUGGGAAUCCAUACCACCACUGCUUGUACCAUUACCUACAUUACUUUUGAAUGUUCCCUUCUACAGAAAUUUGAUGCAUUUUUGGAUUAAUGUUGCUGCAAACCAUUUGGUUCCUGCAUCAUCAAGAAUUUAUUCUGACAAUCCUUUCAAGAUUUUGCUUACACAAAUGGCAAUGGAGUAUCCAUCAAUAUUGAAUACACUUUUAGCCUUUUCAGCAAAAAUGAGGUCAAAUUUGAUUGGUAAAGAUGAUACUCCAGAUACGAUAAUUGACCAAUUGCUAUCCAGAUCAUGUUCUGAACUUUUACGGUUAUUGAAGAACAAAGAGAGUGCUACAUCAGAUCAAACUCUUGCAACAGUGAUGCUUCUUUCGUGUUUUGAAGUCUUUAAUUCAAAAGAUUUCAGUCGUCAUAGGGCUCAUAAUAUUGGAGCAAGACAAAUAAUUAAAGCAAGAUCAACGACAGGGACAAGAGUUCGUAUUCCUGAUUCCGGAAAAGAAAAAGAUAUGGCAUUUUUCUUAAUGAGAUGGUUUGUUUAUACAGAUGUCAUUGGGGCACUUUCAUCAACCACAAACUCGGGAGAUUAUUUAUUAACCUCAAAAAAUUCAAGUACAUAUGAACCAUUGGAAUGUAUUAGCAUAUUAAGUGAUAUUGACAAUAUGCGUAAUGAUGAAUACAAAUGUCCUAAGAAUAAUAUUGACUACUUGAUGGGAUUUGAUAUGAAGUUUCUUCCACAAUUUGCUAAAAUAACGAUGCUUAUUCGAGAGGUUAACAUCCUAUUGCAACAAUCUAGAGAAACCUUACCAAAUAUUCCACUGAGCAUUGUGCACAAAGCAUUAGAAGUGAAGGAAGCACUAUUACAAACUCGUAGACUUGAUGAAGAACAGGUGAUGAAACACCAUGAACAAUUAAUGGAAUUAAAAAUAAAGAGAAAAAGAGGUAUGGACCUUCCAAAUCCCGAUUCACCAGAAGAAGUUUUAAACCUUAUUCAGGAGAAUGACAUUUUGAGAUAUACCAAUAAAAUAUUCUGCGAUGCAGGGCUAAUCCAUUUAUACCGUCGUGUCUUGUUGUUACCAAGAGAAUCAAAAUUGGUUCAAGAUCUAGCUAUGGGAAUAGGUGAACUAGCAAAAACCCAAAUUGAAUCAAGAUCACCAGCAGAAAUCUGUUGUAUAUUUUGCUUUUUCACAGCAGGUUGUGAAGUGCUCGAUGCAAACAUGCAGCAAUUCUUUCAGUUAAGAUUUCAGAACUUGGCUGAAAUGGGAAAUACAAAUGCUAGAAAAGGGCUUGAAAUUAUGAAAAGAUGUUGGCAAACAAAAGAAGAUUGGAUAACAGCUGCUAAAGUGUUGGAUCUUGAUUUAACAUUAUUGUGA